AUGGCAGAUGGUCCUACACCCCACGGUAGCAGCGGAAUUUCUACUCAGAUAGAAAAAGCCCUGGAUGGCUUUGAAGAAAAGAAACUAAACCGCAAUUCGACACCUAGAUCAGAAGAGGGCCUGGAGGAAAAAGAGCCAGAGGAUAUCCCUCCAGAUGGGGGAUACGGCUGGGUCUGUGUUCUAUGUGCUUGUCUCAUAAAUGCUAACACCUGGGGUGUGAAUAGUUCGUAUGGUGUCUUCCUCUCUUACUACCUUGAGAACGAUACGUUUCCCAAUACAAGUCCGAUUGAAUAUGCCUUCACUGGCGGACUGAGCAUGUCUUGCUGCCUCCUCAUUUCGCCGCUGGUUACUCAUAUGGUACACUUGUAUGGUAAUCGAGCCGUCCUUAACUUUGGCGUCAUUCUCCAGACUCUCUCCUUUAUCGGAGCAUCCUUUGCGACGCGGAAAUGGCACAUCUUUCUCUCCCAGGGAGUAUGCUUCGGCUUCGGGAUAGGCGUGAUUUUCGUGACCUCUGUGAGCAUCAUACCUCAAUGGUUCCGGCGUAAACGGAGCAUUGCCAAUUCACUUGCCGCCGCUGGCUCGGGAUUAGGUGGUUUGGCAUAUUCCCUUGCCGCGGGCUCACUGCUCCCGAACGUUGGCCUGGGAUGGACUUUCCGCGUGUUGGGUCUAUGUUCGUUCGCUGUGAACUUGAUCGCUUGCAAUCUCAUGCGUCAUCGCAACAAGGCGAUCGGUAGCAGAUAUCGCGCCUUUCAUUUCCCGUUACUCAAGCGGCCGGAGUUCCUAUUCCUUCAAGCCUGGGGGAUGCUGUCCCUACUGGGCUACGUCGUCAUAUUGUUCAGUUUGCCAAAUUUUGCCCUCUCCAUUGGUUUAUCCCAGAAGCAAGGUAGCAUCGCUGGUGCAUUGCUGAACCUGGGUCAGGCCCUUGGACGCCCAGUCGUCGGUCUCGUCAGUGAUCGGUAUGGCCGAUUCAAUAUGGCCAUUUUGUUCACCAUCUUCUGUGGUUUCCUCUGCUUAGCUGUCUGGAUACCGGCUUCAAACAUGGGUGUACUCUCCUUUUUUGCCGUCAUCGUAGGCACCGUUGCUGGGACCUUCUGGACAACUAUCGUCCCAAUCUGCGCAGAGGUGGUCGGCAUGCAAGAACUUCCUGGCGGGCUCAGUCUUACCUGGGUUGCCAUGGUGCCUGCAACCACGGUGGCCGAACCAAUUGCCCUCGUACUCAAGCGUGGACAGAACACCACGGGCUCAUAUACUUAUGCGCAGAUAUUUGCAGGACUUGUAUAUGUGGCCGCGGGAUUGUUUUUGUGGGUGGCUCGAGGUUGGAAAAUUGGAGAUAACGAAAGAAUUGCAAGGGACGCCGUCGCUAGGGAUGCUGCUGGUGGCGUCGUCAGGUCUGAUAGGAGGCUCACUCUUGUUCCCUCCGCUGCUAUGGAUGAUCCUAUUACCGGCUGCACGACAGUUGCACCUGUCAUGAGUUGUCCAGAUAACCGGCUGGAUCAACCGUCUCCCAGUGCGGAUAUAAAAAUAUGGUCUCCUCUAACCCUUGCCCGCAGGAUGAUUUCCUGGAAGCUAGUCUAG